CGCUAGCUGACAGGAACGCGCUUUGCCCGCAGGCUCGAGUAUUUUGAGUUAGUGUCAGGCUCUUGGCUCUAUUCACGUCGCCCAGGGACGAGACGGCAAGCCGGUAACGCGAAACGCCUGGCUACAAAACAUUGUCCUCAUGGACCAUCAUUGUUGGGUUAGUUAGCGUCCGUGACCACUUAAUUACUGUAUCAUUGUAACUGAGCAUGGCGUCCUGCCGCCAGAGGUUCGCCUUAUCGACCUACGACAAUCGAUGGCAAGAGUACUUCUGCGCGAGCCGCUGCAUCGACGACCGCAAGGCCUACCUCGCCGUGCGCGUUUGUCUGUUCGCGAGCGUGCUCGCCGUGUUUGUCUGGAGCGUGGCGCAUCAUCCGUCGCGGUGUUACCUCAUCUAUCGUUCGGCACCUGUGUGAAAAUCGACCAGUGAGUUAGGGGACGUGGCGCCUGACAUUUGAUUCCCACACAGUGACGAACCAAAUGCUGAUCAUCGAGGUCGUCUACCUCGCCUUCGCCGCGUACACGACGGCGUCGGCGUUCUACAGGGACGCGCCAUCGCCGACGCCCUGGUUUGCGAAAGCGACGUGGGUCCUCCAGGAUCUGACGCUCUCCGCGUCGUUUCUGGUGUUCCUGCUGUACUGGACAUUGAUCUACGACGGCGGCACGCCGCGCCCCAUCACGCCGUUCACGCACGGGUAUAAUUUCCUGGCGAUGGCGGUCGACCAGCUGCUCACGAACCAGCCCGUGCGCCCGUGGCACUUCGUGUAUGGUAUUACUGUGUGGAAAUCUGUGGCCGCGCCGGUCGAUCCACGCGUCUACCGCACAGGUAUUUCAUCGGAUACUCGAUACUCUACCUGAUCUGGUCGGCCGUAUUUUACGUGAGCGGCCUCCGCUGCGACGGCGACCGUUACAUCUACGAGACAUUAAACUGGAAGAAGUUUGACCAGACGGCGCUCAUGGCGGCAGUGAUCAUCCUCGUUGUCUGUCCGCUGGUCUACUGCGGGUUCGCGGCGUGCUGCGGCCGGCGGACGCGGAAGAUCGAAAACGACGACCUCAACCGGCGCGCGUCGGCGAUGAGCAUCGAGCUCGUCCGGCGGAGAUCGUCGAUCAACUACGACAACCUCCCCGUCAAUCGGGUGUAGUAGAUGGGGCCUAAGAAGCAACUGCUAGCGUC